GGCGCGGUCCCGUCAACGUUAGCAUCUCUUUGGAUGUGUGAGAUGCAGACAGCUGUUGUAGCCCUCUACACUACUUUAGAUUUUACGACAACAUGCGACAUAACUACUGCUCACAACUAAGUAGGCUGCGUCUCUGUUACUAGUUUAGUGUGUAGAUUGAACGCAAUUUUGUUCCUAUUAUGAGCAGUCUCGGUGAGUGUUAGCUAGCCGGCUAACAGGUUUCCAAGUGCCCUCAGUCAACAUGGACGCGCUGCUGGACUUCUCGGAGUGCGUCGCGGAUUCUCCUGACUUCAGGCUGAAACUGGAUCGGUUUGAAGAGGAUGUUUCUCUGCUGCAGACACAGCUGGACAAGGUGACAAGAUUGUGCGGAAAAAUGGUGGAGGCGGGACAAGCGUACAAUGCAGCCAAUCAGCUGUUCCUCGCCGGCCUGGCUGAGCUUUUCGCACGGCACAAGGAGGACGGCGUCGUGGCGAAGUGCCUGAGCCAGUUCGAGCAAGGCCUGCAGGAGCUGCUCACUUUCCACACCAUGUUGUUGGAUCAGAGCCAGCGAGCCGUCAGCCAUCAACUCAGCGGCCUGCGCAAGCAGUUGCUGCCUCAGCUGUGGGAGACGCGUGCGGAGUUCGUGCGCGUCGACGAGGACGUGGCCGCGGCGGCCGCCAAGAACGCUCGGGUGCCUCGACACAAGACGGCCGAGGCCGAGAGCGCCGCUCACGUGCUCGUAGCCACCAGGAAGUGCCAACGACACUUUGCCCUGGAUUAUUGUCUGCAGCUCAACACGUUGAAGACGCAGCAGAAGUCGGACAUCUUGAACUCGGUGUUCUCCUUGGUCAACGCUCAGCUGACCUUCUUCCAUCAAGGCUUCGACCUCCUCCGAGAUCUGGAGCCCGCCAUGAAGGUCAUGGCCGCGCAGUUGUGCGAGCGGUCGGCCGAGUGUGCGAGCAAGCGGAAAGAUCUGGAGAACGCUCACCUGCUGGUCCAGGAGGGAGAUGCCUCAGGAGAGACGCCGGCGAGGCCGUGUGACGGAAGUGAUGACAUCAUCCAAGGUUACCUCUUCAAGCGCUCCCGAAGGAAGUCCAAAACGUGGAAGAGGUGCUGGUUCUCCAUCAGACACAACCAACUCACCUACAGGAAGUCGCACAAAGAGGCGCCCGUGCGUCUGUUUGAGGACCUGCGACUGUGCGCCGUCAAGUCUUUGGAAGACGCGGACCGACGGUUCUGCUUCCAACUCAUAUCUGUGCACAAGCGUUGCGUCCUUCAGGCCGACUCGGAGCCCGCGAGGCUGGCGUGGACGUCCGCGUUGCAGGGCAGCAUCGACACGGCGUACGGAGAGCGAGGCCGAGCCGCGUCCACGCAGGCACGCUCGCUCCUCGUUGGCGCCGGGAACUCGUCGCGAUCGUCGAUAAUAGCGACGUUCGUAAAUGUCACCCGCAGCCCCGAGAGCCCCUCCCGCCCGACAGCGACGACGGCGCGGCCCAUCGGAGGACGGCGGCGCUGGCCGCGGUCUUGCGCGGCGCCGGCAACCGUCGCUGCUGCGACUGCGGCGAGGAGGAGCCGCGGUGGGCCGCCGUCAACUUGGGCGUCACCGUGUGCAUACAGUGCUCCGGGAUACACCGGACGCGCGUGCAGGAGUCUGGGCGUCCACGUGUCCAAGGUGCGCUCGCUCACGCUGGAUUCGUGGGAAGCGGAGCAGCUGAAGCUGCUGUGCGUCCUGGGAAACGACGCCGUCAACGGGAUUUACGAGGCGCGGUGUUCGCCCCGAGUCAAACCCACCGCCGAGAGUCCGCGCGCCGAGAAGGAGGCCUGGAUACGAGACAAAUACGUGGACAAGACCUUUGUGAGGCGUGACGGCGACGACGACGGCACACACGCCGUCGAUGCCUCGCCGACCCCGCGUCUCUACCGGGCCGCGGUGGCCGGAGAUCUGGUCGCCAUGGUGACGGCGCUGGCCCAGGGGGCGGCGGUGAACGGGAGCGUGGCGCAGGAGGAAGGACGCAGCGCCCUCAUCGGGGCCGCCCAGGGGGGGUCGCUGUUGGCGUGUGAGUUCCUGCUGCAGAACGGUGCCAACAUCAACCACAGAGACCGAAGAGGACAAGGAGCGCUCCAUGCCGCGGCCACUGCGGGACACACCGGGCAGGUGUGUCUGCUGCUGAAGCGAGGAGCCAAUCAGUACGCGGUGGACGAGGGCGGACGCGACCCGCUGGCCAUCGCCGUGGAGACGGCGCACGCGGACAUCGUGACGCUGCUGCGCAUGGCCAGAAUGAACGAGGAGAUGCGAGAAUCCGAAGGAGCGUUCGGAGCUGCGGGAGACGACCAAACCUUUCAGGACAUUUUCAGAGACUUCAGCGACAUGGCGUCGCACGACCCCGAGAAGCUGGCCAGACGAACCUUCGGCCGCCCAGGAGAUUUUCAAUCUUGAGGCGACGUAAUGCCGCACGGCUCCCGCAGAGUGAGGGAAGAGGCGGAGUUUUACGACACUUCUCAGACAGUCAAAGAGUUAAUAAUUUGUUGUCAGACUAUUUAACACUUUCAAUUGGUUAAUCCUUUGUGAAAGUAACAGACCAUGUGCUUGUGUGCACAUGGUCUGUUACUUUCACAAAAUCAAAUCGUAACGAUUUGUGAUCAAAUAUGAAAUUGAGCAUUUUCGGACAUACGAGGUUUCCGCCCGACGGUGACGAUAUGAACUCGAAAACAGAAAAAGUGUGAAAAACACUUCAUCGCGUUACUGCACUUGCCGACAUGAAGCUCUUUUUAUUUCAUGUGGCGCCACCAUCAGGCAAAGGCUGGAAUUGCAUUGCUAACCGGCUAAGAUGCUAACGCACUAAAGUUGCCGAAAACUUUUAUGCUCAAGGGCCACAUUUGAUUUUUAAAACUGACGGAUGGGUCAGUUCAUUCGUAGUAAAGGUUUUUUUUUUUUUUUUUUUUUAAUUACAGAAACGUGUAUUUUAAUGACACAUUUUUUUUUUCCCAAUGAUAUGAUUUAGAAUUGGCGGCACGGUGGACGACUGGUUAGAGCGUCAGCCUCGCAGUCCUGAAGACCCGGGUUCAAUCCCCGCGGGGCCCCGCCUGUGUGGAGUUUGCAUGUUCUCCCCGUGCCUGCGUGGCUUUUCUCCGGGCACUCCGGUUUCCUCCCACAUACCAAAAAACAUGCAUUCAUUGGAGACUCUAAAUUGCCCGUAGGUGUGACUGUGAGUGUGAAUGGUUGUUUGUUUGUACGUGCCCUGCGAUGGGCUGGCAACCCGUUGAGGGCGUACCCCGCCUCCUGCCCGAUGACAGCUGGGAUAGGCUCCGGCGCGCCCGCGACCCGCGUGAGGAGAAGCGCGACAGAAAAUGGAUGGACGGAUGGAUGAUUUAGAAUUAUAAAUAACCAAUCAUUUAAAUAAAUCACAACAUUUAAUGUAGAUGAGACCCCCGCAUAUUUGCAGUUUGGCACCUGCGGAUUACCUAUUAGAAGUUGUUUUUCUACAUUUUCUUAUUUUUUAAAGAGGGCGUAAACCCCCGUUUUUCCUGGAACACGGUUAUUGGCGGUACUUAUUCAAGAAUUUAGGGCUUUCAGUUUUUUUUCUUCCCAUGCAAUUAUAACGAGUAUCAAUUAUUCACAGAUUUUCGCAAAACACAAAUAAUCAAUGCUAUUUUACAAUGAAAUAUAACCUAUUUAUAAAAUACAUGGUAAAUGUACAGCAGAAGCCCGCUAUUCGUAGGCGAUCGAGACCGCGAACAGUAAAAAUCUGCAGAUAAUUUACGCUCAUUGGCAAUUUAUUUAUUUCUUUUUUUCAAGCCCAAAACUUAGUGACUGGCAGGAGAUAAACCACAAACAAGUGUUUUCGGGAUUGGUUCCCCCAUAAAAAAUAAAAACAAAGAGAAAAAAAAUUGGGAUUUUUUAAAAUGUUAUUUUAAAGAUUUGAAUAAAUAAAUCCACUGGUGCUGAGCGAGUAUGCGGGAGUCUGCUGUAUGCCUUUAUUAUAAUAAUGAAAUAAUACACAUCUGUCCAUUCUCUUACAUUUUUAAUUCACCUAAUUUUAAUGUAUUUACAAAUUUAAUAAAAUAAAUGUUAAAUGUAGGUACAAAUAUUUUGAGUAAUAUUUUUACAAUCCAUGAAUUAUUCAAUUAGCUAAAUGUUUGUGGUGUUUCCAUACGUUUGCGGUGUGUGUGUGUUUAUUAUCCAUCCGUCCUUUAUGAGAACACAAAAAUUGUUUGUAAUUGCGACGUUGACGUAAAUGUGUUGUCACCCAGCAUGCACCACAACUUCACAGUCAAAAGUGGAAACGCAUAAUUGUUUUUGAACAAGUUUGCAAAAGAAGGCAGAAAUCAAGUUAUGUCCAAAUGUUUAAAGUGUUAGCCUCACCGCUAACAUUGUUCAUGUUGACUCUGUCACAAAGGGAACGUUUGCCUCAUUUGAAGCGCCUCCGUCAUCACUUGGGAGAUUCACGAGUGUUUACAAAGCAGCAGCGUUGCCUUUAAGAUUGAAAAAGUUUUGUCAAAAAUGUUUUUAAGGUGAACUUCUCACGCUGCUGCUCAUGUUUGUUUUUGUCAUCUUACUGCAGAAUUAUAAAUCGCUGCUAAAAAAAUAAAUACAUUUAAUCCUUGACUGUUGCUAAUAUACUAUUGUGUAAUAAACAUUUAAAAACACAAAGAAAAACAUAUG